UCUUCACCACGCCGUGUGGAAAGACAAACUUCUGUGAUGACUUCUAUGGAAGUAGCAGUAGACUGGAAGGGGAAUUGAAAACAUGGGCAUUACGCACGAGGCCGGCUUCAAUAUGUCCAUCAUAAGGUGAUUAGUACGUUGGCAGUGUAGAAGUUACUUUUGACCGCCAAACCGUGGAUUGCACACGCACUCCUCUGUCCUGUUUUCUGGAGUUUUGGUCGGCAUGAAGCGGAAUAAGCCGUUAAAAAAAAGAAAUGAUGGAUUUUUCACGGAGGGUUUGGCUGAUGCAUCUUCUGAAAACGUCACAAUUUGACUCUGUAAAUGAUGUUUUAAAUCUCAGAGUUUCAUUGCUGUAAGUAAAUUCUAGUACAGAAGAAUCAGGAUGAAAAGAUGGCAGCCAUGCUGUUACCAACGGGUCCUGAUGGCUUGCGGCUGUUUACUCGUGAUUCCUUGGCUGCCUUGGAGCAGCGGAUUGCAGAGGAGCAGGCCAAGAAUGCCAAGGUUUGCAAAGAGGCCCACAAGAACGUGGACUCAUCCAAACCCAGGGUCGACCUGGAGGCAGGCAAGCAGCUGCCGCGCAUCUACGGGGACAUCCCUUCAGAACUUGUUGGGGUGCCACUGGAAGACAUUGACCCCUUUUAUUUCAAGAACAAGAGGACUUUUAUCGUACUCAACAAAGGGAUGGCAAUCUUCAGAUUCAGCGCCACAUCUGCUCUUUACAUAUUGAGCCCAUUCCACUUCAUCAGAUCGAUCGCCAUCAAAGUUUUAGUCCAUUCAUUGUUCAGCCUGUUCAUAAUGUUCACCAUUCUGACCAACUGUUUUUUCAUGGCUAUGUCUGACCCAGCGCCAUGGACCAAGCACCUAGAAUACACUUUCACUGCCAUUUACACGUUCGAGUCAGCAAUAAAGAUAUUUGCUCGAGGAUUCUGUAUCGUUCCUUUCACCUUUUUGAGGGACCCAUGGAACUGGUUGGACUUCAGCGUCAUUGUUAUGUCAUAUGUGACAGAAUUUAUAGACCUGGGAAACGUUUCGGCACUAAGAACCUUCCGAGUGCUACGAGCCCUGAAAACCAUCUCGGUUAUACCAGGUCUGAAGACUAUUGUAGGAGCUCUGAUCCAGUCUGUGAAGAAGCUAGCAGAUGUGAUGAUCUUGACCGUAUUUUGCCUCAGCGUGUUUGCCCUUAUUGGCCUGCAGCUUUUCAUGGGGCUUUUGCGACAGAAGUGCGUUCGCAGCAUCGCACACUGUGUCAACUCCUCCUUUAGUACAAAUAUGUCUUUCGUCUGCAACAACAGAACCUGGAACUCAGUGGAGGAUUUUCUCACCAGUGAAGAUAACUUUUACAAAAUUGAAGAAGCAAAGGAUGCGCUAAUAUGUGGCUACGGCAAUGACGCAGGGAAGUGUCCAGAAGGGUUUGAUUGCCUCAAGGUUGGAAGAAAUCCAAACUAUGGCUACACCAGCUUUGACACUUUUGGAUGGGCUUUUUUGGCACUUUUCCGUCUCAUGACCCAAGACUACUGGGAGAAACUAUUUCACCAGACUCUGCGCUCAGCUGGAAAGACCUACAUGGUGUUCUUUGUCCUGGUUAUCUUCCUGGGCUCUUUUUACCUGGUCAAUUUAAUCCUGGCUGUUGUCGCCAUGGCCUAUGAGGAGCAGAAUCAGGCGACCAUUGCUGAGGCUUGGCAGAAGGAGAGGGAGUUUCAAAUGGCCAUGGAGCAUCUCCGUCGGGAGCAAAGACUGGCAGCAAAAAGGCAAGCCCAGGAGAGCGAUUCCAUCUUGUCCCCGGAGUUGUCUCCCUUCUUUACAAAGAUAGGAAGUAUGAGACGAUGCAGCACUAAACGGAGGCGAUCUCACAGGGCACUAUCAGAAGAAACUGCAGUGGAAGCUGAAGACAACCUUGACCUGGAAGAUGAGCUAAAGCCUCCUUUGUCUCCCCUGCCAGCCCACCCGCUUCUGGCCACACUCUCCUCUCACCCACUCAGCACUCGAAGAGGAAGCCAGAAUAGCAUCUUCAGUUCCUUGAGGGUGCGCAACAACUCCGAGGCUGACUUUGCGGAUGAUGAGUACAGCAUCCAUGGGGAUGCUUUCAGAAGCCGCACCAGUUCCACUGUCACGCACUGGAAGAGAAGGGCUGGCAGUGUGAGGAGCCACUGCUCCCAAGUCUUCACCCCAAGUCUCACAGUAAACGGACGGCUCAACGUUUCUUUAGAUCACAAUGGCGUCAUCGCAGCGGGGCCACACGCCCUGAAUUCCCUCCCCGCUUACAGCAUGGAGAGGAUCAAGGAGGACACGAAGACCACCAAUGAAGGGGAAACUGUCCAAAGGCCUCUUCUUCAGCCGUCCCCAACAGUGACCGAGCAUCCUCCCAUGCAGAGAAAAAGAGGACUAAGCUCUGUCAGUUUUUUUAGUGAUGCCAUGGAUGAGCUGGAGGAGUCCAGACAAAAGUGCCACCCCUGUUGGUACACCUUUGCCAGAAAGUACCUGAUAUGGGACUGCUGCGACUGGUGGCUGAAAUUGAAGGAGUUGGUCAAGUUGAUGGUGAUGGAUCCUUUCCUUGACCUUGGGAUCACCAUAUGUAUUGUGUUGAACACCCUCUUCAUGGCCCUGGAACAUUACCCGAUGACUGAGGAAUUCAAUACCAUGCUAUCAGUGGGAAAUUUGGUGUUCACGGGGAUCUUCACUGCCGAGAUGGUCCUGAAGCUGAUCGCCAUGGACCCAUAUUAUUACUUCCAACAAGGAUGGAACAUUUUUGACGGCGUUAUUGUUUGCCUUAGUCUGAUGGAGCUAGGGCUCUCCAAUGUCGAGGGCCUCUCUGUUCUUCGCUCCUUCAGACUGUUACGUGUCUUCAAACUGGCAAAGUCUUGGCCCACCCUCAAUACUCUAAUAAAAAUCAUUGGCAACUCAGUCGGCGCUCUGGGAAACCUGACACUGGUUUUGGCCAUCAUCGUCUUCAUCUUUGCUGUAGUGGGCAUGCAGCUCUUUGGCAAGAACUACCAGGACUGUGUGUGCAAGAUCUCUCCUGACUGUCAGCUUCCUCGCUGGCACAUGAAGGACUUCUUUCACUCCUUCCUGAUUGUGUUCAGGGUGCUGUGUGGUGAGUGGAUUGAGACCAUGUGGGAUUGUAUGGAAGUAGCUGGGCAACCUCUCUGCAUCCUGGUCUUCAUGCUGGUCAUGGUCAUUGGCAACUUGGUGGUACUAAAUCUCUUCCUGGCCUUGCUGCUCAGCUCUUUCAGCUCUGACAACCUCUCAGCUCCAGAUGAGGAUGGAGAUUUGAAUAACAUCCAGAUUGCCAUUGCUCGCAUCCACUCUGGUCUCUCUUGGCUCACCACAAGCAUUGUCCACCUCUUCAACCACACUUUCAAAUGCAGACGGAAAAAAUCCAAUGAGACCUGUAAGGCCGUUAAACUGGUUUCCAUCCACCUGGAAUGCAAUGGUGGAAUUUAUGGACGCUAUGGAGAGAAGUACAUCGUACCGGAAGAGGACAGCUACAUGACUAACCCAAACCUGACUGUUAUCGUUCCCAUCGCACCUGGAGAAUCUGAUGUUGAAUUUAUGGAGGACGAGGACAUAUCGGAGUCAUCGGAGGACGAGGACCAGAAAGAGAAGAUAAGUCUUUCGGAAGGCAGCACGGUGGAUUUAAGGAAGCCUGGCGAGGAGCUGGACAAUUUAUCCGAGCUGGCUGAGGAGUGCAUGGAGCCAGAGGAAUGCUUCCCAGAAAUGUGCGUCAAGCACUGCCAGUGCUGCAAUAUCGAUAUCAGCCAAGGUCUAGGCCAGGCCUGGUGGAGACUGAGAAAGACCUGCUACCAGAUUGUGGAACACAGCUGGUUUGAGACCUUCAUCAUUUUUAUGAUCCUGCUCAGUAGUGGAGCUCUGGCAUUUGAGGAUAUCUACAUUGAGAAGAGGAAAGUCAUCAAAGUGAUGUUGGAGUAUUCCGACAAGGUCUUCUCCUACAUCUUUGUGCUGGAGAUGUUCCUUAAAUGGAUCGCUUAUGGCUUCAAGAAAUAUUUCACCAAUUACUGGUGCUGGCUUGACUUUCUCAUUGUGGAUGUGUCCCUGAUAAGCCUGGUGGCAAACUCACUGGGUUAUUCCGACUUUGCUGCAAUCAAAUCCCUGAGGACUCUCCGCGCUUUGAGGCCUCUCAGAGCUCUAUCCAGAUUUGAGGGCAUGCGGGUGGUCGUGAACGCUCUUAUUGGAGCCAUCCCCUCCAUCAUGAACGUGCUGCUCGUGUGCCUCAUCUUUUGGCUCAUCUUCAGCAUCAUGGGAGUCAACCUUUUUGCGGGCAAGUUUGGAAAGUGCGUGAACAGAACUGGCUUCAUCCACAGUUUCACAGUCGUCAACAAUAAGUCCGACUGCCUGGCCAUGAAUGACACUCAGUACUACUGGACCAAAGUGAAGGUCAACUUUGACAACGUGGGACUGGGCUACCUUUCCCUUCUCCAAGUGGCAACAUUUAAAGGUUGGAUGGAAAUAAUGCACGCAGCUGUUGAUUCAAGAGGAGUGGAGGAGCAACCCAUCAGAGAAAUCAACCUCUACAUGUACCUUUACUUUGUGGUCUUUAUCAUAUUUGGUUCCUUCUUCACACUCAACCUCUUCAUUGGCGUCAUCAUUGACAAUUUUAAUCAGCAGAAAAGAAAGUUAGGUGGACAGGAUAUUUUUAUGACUGAGGAACAGAAGAAAUAUUACAACGCUAUGAAGAAGUUAGGAAGUAAAAAGCCACAAAAGCCAAUACCAAGACCUGCGAACAUCCUGCAAGCCUUCUUCUUCGAUCUGGUUUCGAAGCAAGCCUUUGACAUCAUGAUCAUGAUGCUGAUCAUCGUCAACAUGCUCACCAUGAUGGUGGAGACGGACGAGCAGUCGGACCGCAUGGAGUCCGUUCUCAACAAGAUUAAUUUGGUCUUCAUUGUGAUCUUUACGGCAGAAUGCCUGAUCAAGAUCUUUGCCCUUCGUUGUUAUUUUUUUACAGUCGCUUGGAACAUCUUUGAUUUUGUGGUGGUUAUACUCUCCAUUGUGGGGAUUGUUCUCGCUGACAUCAUAGAAAAGUAUUUUGUGUCACCGACCCUGUUUCGAGUCAUCCGCCUGGCAAGGAUCGGACGCGUGCUUCGACUUAUACGUGCAGCCAAAGGAAUCAGGACUUUACUUUUUGCCUUAAUGAUGUCCAUGCCAGCGCUGUUUAACAUCGGUCUCCUGCUUUUCCUGGUCAUGUUCAUCUACGCCAUCUUCGGCAUGGCAAACUUUGCCUACGUGAAGAAGCAAGAUGGAAUUGACGACAUGUUCAACUUUGAGACUUUUGGCAAUAGCAUGAUCUGCCUUUUCCAGAUCAGCACCUCGGCCGGCUGGGACAAUCUCCUUAGUCCAAUCAUGUCCAGCUCUCCGGAAGAGUGCAAUGUUCAUUAUGUCAACACUGGAACAAAUACUCGAGGUAACUGCGGUAGCCCCUCAAUGGGCAUAGCUUUCUUUGUAAGCUACAUCAUCAUCUCUUUCCUCAUUGUGGUCAAUAUGUACAUUGCCAUCAUUCUGGAGAACUUCAGCGUGGCCACAGAGGAAAGCACUGAUCCACUGAGCGAAGAUGACUUUGAAAUGUUUUACGAGGUUUGGGAGAAGUUUGAUUCGGAAGCCACGCAGUUCAUCGAGUUCUCCAUGCUGUCGAUUUUUGCCGACACUCUGUCGGAGCCGCUGCGCAUCGCCAAGCCCAACAAGAUAAAACUGAUCUCCAUGGACCUCCCUAUGGUCAGCGGCGAUCGAAUCCACUGCUUGGAUAUCUUGUUUGCCUUCACAAAACGAGUCCUGGGCGAGUCGGGGGAGAUGGAUGCCCUCAAACAGCAAAUGGAGGAGAAGUUCAUGAUGACCAACCCUUCCAAUAUUUCUCACGAGCCCAUCACUUCCACACUGCGCCACAAGCUGGAGGAGAUGUCGGCUAUCAUCAUUCAGAGGUGUUACAGGAGGCAUCUGGUGCACCGGCAGAUGAAGCAGGCCUCUUACCUUUACAGACAAAUCAACUACAAAUCGGUAGUCGAUGUGGAAAAUGCUCCAGAGACGGAAGGGCUCAUAGCAACCAUGAUUCAUCACUACGGCGCUGUAGGCGGCGACUUUUUAGAGACAACAGAAGGCUCUCUGUCGUCGCCACCUUCCUACGACAGCGUGACCAGGGCAGCCAGCGACCUUUCGGAUGUCGUCAGAUUAUUAGCCAGGGACUCUGAACUUGGUGAUCCUCGUGAAAACUAUGAGGAAACUUUUCUUUGAGAUCAGCUUCAGUAAGGUAUGUUUGCUAUGUGUGCUUUAAGCACAACAUACUCAAACAGAUUUGCAGAGUCAUAUGAAAUCUUAGAAAGUGUUUAAAACAAGCAUAUGUUGUAAAAUUGAAGCACUUAUGGGAAUGUCACUUCAAAAGAGAAGCCUUCAAUGGUAAUUUGAAUAACAAUGACUGAUUGUACUACAUCCGUUAUACUCGGAAAAUAUUAUGGAAUAUUGGGCUUUCAGACAAAAUUUCAGUAUGAAUAUAAAAUGCAGAAUAGCCUUUUAUAAUUCUCCAAACUUCCAAAUGCUUUGGCCGUUCAAUGUCCAGAUCUUCUUUAUACUACGUAUUAUACUGGAUGAAAUCCUAAAAUUUAUCGGUAAUUCAAAUGAAUUCCAACGGAAAUCCAAUGAUAUUGUCUUAUUAAGAAUUUUGUAACUCAAGGCAAUUUCAUUUUUCAUGAGGUCAGUUUUUGUGCCCAAUCCAAAGAAGAGCAGGGUGUCAAAAUUCCUAAAUCAUGUGCCUGAUUUUGACUGUUGUCCGCACACUUCUCUCAAUCUCAUUUGACCAUUUUAUUUGACUGUUGGAUGCAGGUGGAGAAGCACAAAUGCAUUAAAAGCUAAUUUUGUAAUAUUAAUGAUGUAAAAAUGACCAGUUGUACAUGUAAAAUACAUUUUUGAGAAAUUUGUAAUUAUAUUGAUGUGUAUUGUGUAUAUAUAAAGAACACUUAAGGGACAUGCAUGCUGUCAUAUAACAUAUGAUCAAAUUAUAUGCGUACAUACUGUGCUCAAUUUUCUAUAAGAUACUUUCCUUGAGAACUUGCUUGUAAGUAUUGCAUUUAGGUUGUAUUUACUGAAUGUAAUAAAACAUCUUUUCCAUA